AUGGUAUCUUUCCUCUCGUGUUUCGGUGGAUCCCGCCAGCGGGAACGACGGAUUCUAGCAAAGAAAGAAGAAGCAGCAAGGAAUCUUGAUCAACUACCAUCAUGGACAGCGCCAGACAAUACGCUAAUUCUGCAGGCGUUUGAAUGGCAUGUCCCUGCCGAUCAUCGCCAUUGGCUUCGCUUGAAAUCUGCAUUACCAGAGUGGAAAGCUAUUGGCAUUGAUCAGAUAUGGGUUCCCCCCGGUUGCAAGGGAAUGGACCCCAAUGGCAACGGAUAUGACAUCUAUGAUCUAUUUGACCUUGGAGAGUUUGAUCAAAAGGGAGCCAUCUCGACGAAGUGGGGCAGUCGAAUGGAACUGGAGGAGAUGAUGCGCCAGGCACAUACUCUCGGGAUUGGUGUGAUUUGGGAUGCUGUUCUCAAUCAUAAGGCUGGAGCCGAGUAUCCUGAAUAUUUCGACGCUGUCGCGGUAGAUCCGAAGCAACGGAACAAGGAAAUAUCCAAGCCGUUGGAGAUACAUGGCUGGACAGGCUUCGAUUUCCCCGGCCGUGGGGAAAUGUACAGCUCCAUGAAAUACCACUGGCAGCAUUUCAGUGGCGUCGACUGGGAUGACAAGGGAAAGAAACAAGAAAUUUAUAAAAUUCUCGGAUCCAACAAAGAUUGGGCACCCGAUGUUUCCACCGAGAAUGGAAACUACGAUUAUUUGAUGUUUGCUGACUUGGAACAUUCACACCCUGAAGUUCGCGAAGAUCUACUUCUCUGGGGCACUUGGAUCACGGAGUCACUGUCCCUAAGUGGUAUGAGACUCGAUGCCGCCAAGCACUUCUCAACUCGUUUUCAGAAAGCCUUUUUGGAACAUGUUCGGGAAAGAGCCAACCCGAACUUCUUCGUCAUGGGCGAGUACUGGACUGGAGAUGUGUCCGCUAUUCACGACUAUCUGGAGGAGGUGGACAACCAAGUCGUGGCAUACGAUGUACCUCUGUUGGUAAAGUUUUCCAAGCUUUCGCAUGCUCGGAGUCCUGACCUCCGCGGUAUUUUCGACGGUACAUUGGUAAAGACUAAGCCAGAACACGCCGUGACAUUUGUUGCCAAUCAUGAUACGCAAGUAGGGCAAAUGAUGGAAACCCCAGUCGCCUCAUCAUUCAAGCUUCUGUCCUAUGCAUUGGUUCUCCUUCGAAAAGGUGGAUAUCCCUGUGUUUUUUACGGUGACCUGUACGGGAUCCGAGCUAAUGUCAAGGAUCCAAUGACACCUUCGUGUGAUGGAAAGCUCCCCAUUCUGACCCAAGCACGCAAGCGGUACGCCUACGGCGAACAGGAAGACUAUUUCGACCAACCAAAUUGCAUCGGGUUCGUCCGCUACGGAAACGCCUAUCACCCCGGACUGGCCUGUGUUCUCAGCAACGAUGGACCCAGCAAGAAAAGGAUGUUUAUUGGUCGACAGUAUACGAACUGCGAGUGGACUGAUGUCCUGGGGUAUCAUAGCGCACUUGUUAUCAUCGACAAAAGGGGCUAUGGCGAAUUCCCCGUCAAUGCCAUGAGUGUUAGCGUAUGGGUUGAGGCGGCCGCCGUCAAGCGGGAUGGCCUGCAAAAGGACUUCAAUGUAAAUAUUUAUGACUACUAA